CUCCUGUGUCCCUGGGGUGAGGCACCUUUAUUCUUUCUUGUUUUUAAUGGUCAUCUUUUUAGUAUGUGUUUCACAUUUUCCAGCAAGAGGGGAAGCCAUGGUUGGGGCAUAUCUGGACAUGAUGAGUAUGUGCUUGUCAUGAGGGUGCAUACGUAGCCUAGAGCAGUGUUUUUCAAACCAUGGGUUGCGACCCACUCCUGGGUCGCGGCAUGUAAAGCGCUGGGUCACCUUGCUCUGGUCAGCACCGCCAACCAGGACUUUAAAAGUCCCAUCGGCAGUGCUGCCCAGCUAAGGCUCCCUUUUCCGACACCGCGCUGUGUCCCGGAAGCGGCCAGCAGCGGGUCCAGCUUCUAGGCGAGGGGCCAUGGGACUCCGUGUGCUGCUCCACCCCAAGCACCGGCUCCACACUCCCCUGGACCAGCAACAAAGAUUGUUUGGUGUGGAGAAACCCAUGCUACGAAAUUCACUGCAGAGGUAUUUGAUGUAGGAUGACUAUAACAUUUAUAUAUCGUGUGUGGAGGAGAUCCUGUACGUUAGUUACAGUACAUACUGUGCACUGAGAAUAGACCACUAUAAGAAUGACAUUUAGCACUGACCCUCUUCUUCCUCCCCUGCUCCCCAUGACUUUUGGUGCAAAACCCCUAUACCAAGUGCUCUUUCAACAAGUACCCUUGGUGGAAAUUGAUGGGAUGAAGAUGUUGCAGACCAGAGCAAUUCUCAGCUAUAUAGCAGCAAAAUGCAACCUCUAUGGAAAGGAUCUGAAGGAGAGAGCAAUGUACUGUAACAACGCUAUUCUUACUCAGUCUUCUGUAGCUUUUAAAGCAAGAAUAAGCAACAUCCCCACAGUUAAGAAAUUUCUGGAGCCUGGCAGCCAGAGGAAACCUGUUCCUGAUGACAAAUAUAUGGAGACUGUGAAGAAAGUUCUCCAAAUGAACUUUUAAUGUGUAAGCAAAUUAAUGUGGCUGGUUAAAAUAGCACUGGUGAGCUCAGUUCUAGCAAAUACUCACACUUAAAUUGCUUAGAAUGUACAUGUGCUGGUAAAUUACAGAUAAAGGUACAUCACACUUGAAUGGAAGAGCUAACUGAACAAUAUGUGAUGCUAGAGAGGUGGAUAACAAAUAGAAAACACAAUAUACAAAUAUUAAUUACUAUGCUACUUGUCUGCAUUUAGUAAGAUGUAGUGUGGCUGAUGUGAUUAGGCCCUAUAUUGGUGUCCCCUGAAUAGAUACUUGGACAGAGUUGGCAACGGGCUUUGUUGCAAGGAUAGGUUCCUGGGUUAGUGGU